CUACAUACUACAUCAUAUUCCUGUGUUUUUUUUUUCUUCUGUUUCUCCGUUUUCUAUUCCUGCAUUCGAAACAGGCCCUAAAAAUUUGGACGGAACACUCGUAUGUCCUAUCCUCUUCGCCGCUGCAGCUCUCAAAUGGCUGCUAAACCCCUCCUCCCAAUCGCCGCGGCGGCGGCUCGCCUUCCCUUCCGCCUCCUCUCCCCGUCAGCUCCACCUCCCCGCGGCCUCCCCUUGCUGUCCCCGCCAUUCCUGCCCCAAAGGCGCAGCCUUUCCGCCUCUGCCGUACCCACCGGCAGGCGUAGCAGGCCGCCGGCCCCGGUCAUCAGCGAGGGCAGGGAUGACGAGGAGGCCGCCGUAGGCCGGCCUGUAUGUCCUGGAUGCGGGGUCUUCAUGCAGGAUGCGGAUCCUAACCUCCCUGGCUUCUUCAAGAACCCAUCCCGCAGCUCCCAGGACGAGACGGGAGGAGGUGGAGAAGUGCUCCUGGCCGCCGCCGAUACGGAUGCGUUUCUUGAAGAUGAGAAGGAGGGGGUGGUGGCGGAGGACGCGUUGGAUGCUGAAUUGGAGGGCCUGGACAGCGAUAUCGAUGAGUUCCUUGAAGAUUUCGAGGAUGGGGACGAAGAGGAUGAUGGCUCACCGGUGAAAGGUGCCACUGAUAUCGAUGCUUUUGCCAGCGAUUGGGACUCUGAUUGGGAGGAGAUGGAAGAAGACGAGGAUGAGAAAUGGAGGAAAGAACUGGACGGUUUCACCCCGCCGGGAGUCGGCUAUGGGAACAUCACUGAGGAGACGAUCCAGAGGCUGAAGAAAGAGAAGCUGUCCAAGUCCGAGAGGAAGCGCCAAGCGAGGGAGGCCAAGAGGGCUGAGGCUGAGGAGGACUCGGCCCUCGUCUGUAGCCGGUGCCACUCGCUGAGGAAUUAUGGGCUUGUGAAGAAUGACAAGGCUGAGAACCUGAUCCCAGACUUUGAUUUUGAUCGGUUCAUUUCGUCUCGGGUCAUGAAGCGGUCGGCUGGCACACCGGUCAUAGUCAUGGUGGUGGACUGUGCAGACUUUGAUGGGUCGUUUCCGAAGCGAGCUGCCAAGUCGUUGUUCGAGGCACUUGAAGGAAGGAGGAAUUCAAAGGUGAGCGAAACACCGAGGCUUGUUCUUGUUGGUACAAAGGUGGAUUUGCUUCCAUGGCAACAAAUGGGUGUCCGGUUGGAUAGGUGGGUUCGUGGCCGUGCUAAGGCUUUUGGAGCACCCAAGCUAGAUGCUGUGUUCUUGAUCAGCGUCCACAGAGAUUUGGCUGUUAGAAACCUAAUUUCGUACAUCAAGGAGUCAGCAGGACCUCGGAGCAACGUUUGGGUGAUUGGUGCGCAGAAUGCUGGGAAAUCUACGCUGAUCAAUGCUUUUGCAAAGAAACAGGGUGUUAAGAUCACAAGAUUGACUGAAGCUGCUGUCCCGGGAACAACACUCGGCAUAUUGAGGGUAACAGGUGUUUUACCUGCAAAGGCAAAGAUGUACGACACUCCUGGCCUGUUGCAUCCUUACAUAAUGGCAAUGAGAUUAAACAAUGAGGAAAGGAAGAUGGUUGAAAUAAGGAAAGAAUUGCGGCCACGAUCCUUCAGGGUGAAAGUAGGACAAUCUGUCCAUAUUGGAGGCUUAACACGGCUGGAUGUGCUAAAAUCAUCAGCUCAAACUAUCUAUGUUACUGUUUGGGCAUCUUCCAAUGUUCCCCUCCAUCUUGGAAAGACUGAAAAUGCUGAUGAAUUGCGAGAGAAACAUUUUGGUAUCAGACUUCAGCCUCCAAUUGGCCCAGAGCGAGUCAAUGAAUUGGGUCACUGGACAGAAAGACAUAUUGAGGUUUCUGGGGCAAGCUGGGACGUCAACAGUAUGGACAUUGCUGUUUCUGGCCUUGGAUGGUACUCCUUGGGCCUUAAAGGCACUGCCACUGUUUCCUUGUGGACAUUUGAGGGCAUUGGUGUGACAGAACGAGAUGCGAUGAUUCUGCAUCGAGCCCAGUUUCUCGAAAGGCCUGGAUUUUGGUUACCUAUUGCCAUCGCUAAUGCUCUAGGUGAGGAGACAAGAAAGAAGAACGAGAAGAGAAAGGCUGAGCAAAGAAGAAGAGAGGAAGAAGAGCUCCUUUUGGAAGAAAUUGUUUAGUGAUGAUUCUGUAGCCCACAAAGUCAGGAUUCCCGUUUCUCCUGUCGACAUGGGCUUUUGUCUGUCCCAGUUCUUGAUGUCUUUUGACAUAGGCUGCAUCCUCUUAUUUUUUUUCUUUGCUCAUAGAUAUAUAUCUCAAUUUUUCUGUCUAUUUGUUUUCCAUGUGUUCUUUGCAACCAGUUUUGUUAAUGCUGCUUGUAUCUUACAGAUUCAGUUCUUGCAACUUGAGGAAGAUUGAUAUCCUUGAUUGCCUAUUCAGUUAUGUGCAAAAACGAGACUUUUAGACAUGCAGAGCAGCCAAUUUAUUAUGUACUACUUUUUUUAACUGAAAACAAUUUAUUA